AUGGCCCGAGUGUUCCGAGUUGGAUUGAUCCAGUUAAUGGUGUCAACGAACAAGAAUGAUAACCUACAUCGUAUUCAUAAAUUUGUUCGUGAAGCUGCACAACAAGGCGCUAAAUUGAUUUCUUUGCCGGAAUGUUUCAAUUCACCAUAUGGGACAAAGUUUUUCAAAGCGUACAGUGAAACCGUUCCUGGUACAACAACUCAAGUUUUAUCUGAUAUUGCCAAGGAAAACAAAGUUUACCUAGUUGGAGGUUCCAUUCCCGAAGUUGCAGAUGGAAAGUUAUUUAAUACCUGCACCGUAUUUGAUCCUGAAGGUUCUAUGAUUGCAAAGUAUAGAAAGAUGCACCUUUUCGACAUUGACGUACCUGGAAAAAUUACUUUCCGCGAAUCGGAUGUAUUAUCACCUGGAAAUGAAUUUGCUACUUUUGAUACCCCCUAUUGUAAAGUUGGACUCGGUAUUUGCUACGAUGUUCGCUUUCCGGAGCUCGCUCAAGCAUAUUGCAAAAGAGGAUGCCAAUUGGUCAUUUAUCCGGGAGCUUUCAAUACCACAACUGGUCCUGUACACUGGGAAUUACUACAGCGAUCGCGCGCACUUGAUAAUCAGAUCUAUGUAGCUACUUGUUCUCCAGCUCGUGAUAAGACCGCUGAUUAUAUUACUUGGGGUCAUAGCACUGUCGUCGAUCCAUGGGGAAGAGUUAUGUCAACGUGCGAUGAAAAGGAACAAAUUGUUUAUGCAGAUAUUGAUUUAAAUUAUCUGGACGAAGUUCGGAGUCAAAUACCUGUUACAGCUCAAAAACGAUAUGAUAUUUACGACGGUGUCUUUAAAAGUAGUAAUAACUAA